CCGCCUCUGUCAGUUACGCCUAUCUCCACAACCGUGUUGAGGCUUCAUAGCUCUAGAAAAGCUCUGGGCUGGCGGGAACAUGAGUGGACGGGCCCGUGUGAGGGCACGAGGCUCCUCUCGCAGCCCCAGUACCACCCAAGUGGGGCGCUCCCCAGCCUCGCCACUGACCACAUCUGUUGAUCCUAGUGACAAUGAAGUGGCCUCAGGCAGUGGCUUCCUGGGAACCAGCAGGACUUCUCAGCAAUAUAAAGAUGGUGUAUCUUUGGGUAAUGUUGGAAGUACUGUUGCAGAACGAAGUGUGAAGAUGAGACGGGACUUUCUGGACCUGGAUAUCUGUAUUAGAGACAAAUUGGCACAUGUGAAAAACUGCAAAACAGGUUCUAGUGGAAUACCUGUGAAUCUGGUUACAAAUCUCUUCAAUUUAGAUUUUCCCCGAGACUGGCAGCUAUACCAGUACCAUGUGACUUACAGUCCAGAUAUUGAAUCUAGAAGGCUGAGGAUUGCUUUGCUUUAUAAUCAUAGUGAACUUGCCAACAAAGCAAAAGCAUUUGAUGGUGUUAUCCUUUUUCUCUCACAAAAGCUAGAGAAAAAGGUCACAGAACUGUCCAGUAAAACUCUCAGAGAUGAGACUGUAAAGAUGACCAUCACUCUAACGUGUGAACUGGCUGCAAGCUCUCCUGUGUGCAUCCAGUUCUUCAAUAUCAUCUUCAAAAAGAUACUGAAAAAGUUGUCCAUGUACCAAAUUGGACGGAACUUCUAUAACCCUUCAGAGGCAGUGGAAAUUCCCCAGCACAAAUUAUCCCUUUGGCCGGGGUUUGCCAUUUCUGUGUCAUAUUUUGAAAGCAGGAUCCUGUUUAGUGCUGAUGUAAGUUACAAAAUCCUCCGGAAUGAAACUGUUCUGGAGUUCAUGACUGAUCUCUGUUACAACACUGGCAUGCCCCACUUCACCCAGAUGUGUGAGAAACAGCUUAUAGGGCUCAUUGUCCUUACAAGAUACAAUAACAGAACCUACCGCAUUGAUGACAUUGACUGGUCGGUGAAGCCUGUGCAUACCUUUCAGAGACGAGAUGGCUCUGAAAUCUCUUACGUGGAUUAUUACAUGCAGCAAUACAAUAUUACUUUAUCUGACCUAAAUCAGCCAGUGCUUGUUAGUCUGUUGAAAAGCAAGAGAAAUGACAACACUGAAUCUAAGAUCGUCCACCUAAUACCUGAACUUUGCUUUCUGACAGGCCUGACUGCCCAGACAACCUCUGAUUUUCACCUGAUGAAGGCCGUGGCAGCGGAAACGAGGCUCAGUCCUUUGGGCAGGCAGCAGCACCUGGCCAGGCUUGCUGACAACAUUCAGAGAAACAAGGUUGCUCGAUUUGAGCUGGAGACCUGGGGACUAAAUUUCGGAAACCAAAUAUCUCUGACAGGCCGGAUUGUGCCUUCAGAAAAAAUAUUAAUGCGAGACCACAUAUGUCAGCCCAUGUGUGCUGCUGAUUGGUCCAAGGAUACACAAACCUGCAAGGUCCUAAGUGCACAGCCUUUGAAUAAAUGGUUGAUUUUAUGUAGUAACAGAACUGAGGGCAUGAUCCAGAGUUUUCUGAGCUGUUUGAGAAGAGUUGGAAGUUCCAUGGGAUUUAAUGUGGGCUACCCUAAAAUUGUAAAUGUACAAGAAAAUCCAGCUGCAUUCCUUAGAGCUAUUCAGCAACAUGUUGACCAUGAUGUUCAGUUGGUGAUGUGUAUUUUACCUUCUAAUCAAAAGAACUGUUAUGAUUCCAUUAAAAAGUAUCUGAGCUCCGACUGCCCGGUCCCAAGCCAGUGUGUACUUGCUAAGACUUUGAAUAGACAGGGGAUGAUGAUGAGCAUUGCCACCAAGAUUGCCAUGCAGAUGACCUGUAAGCUUGGAGGAGAGCUGUGGGCCGUCGAGAUUCCAUUAAAGUCCCUGAUGGUGGUUGGUAUUGAUAUCUGUAAAGAUGCACUCAGCAAAGAAGUGGUGGUGGUUGGAUUUGUGGCCAGUGUUAACCCCAGAAUCACCAGGUGGUUUUCCCGCUGCAUCCUUCAGAAAACUACAACUGAUAUGGCAGAUUAUCUAAAAGUCUUCAUGACUGGAGCACUGGAAAAAUGGUUCAAGCACAACCAUGAUUUGCCAGCACGGAUAAUCGUGUACCGUGAUGGUGUCGGGGAUGGCCAGCUAAAAGCAGUUCUUGAAUACGAAGUCCCACAGCUGCUGAGCAGCAUCAAAGACUCCAGCUCAAGUACCAGGCUGUCCGUGCUUGUGGUCAGGAAGAGGAGCAUGCCCCGGUUCUUUACAGAAGUGAGUCACACCCUUCAGAACCCUCCUCUGGGCACUGUCGUGGAUACAGAAGCAACACGUCCUGAGUGGUACGAUUUUUACCUGAUUAGCCAGACUGCCAGUCGGGGAACUGUUAGCCCCACUCACUAUAAUGUCAUCUAUGAUGACAACGGCUUGAAGCCUGACCACAUGCAGAGACUGACAUUCAAACUCUGCCAUCUGUACUACAACUGGCAGGGUCUAGUCAGUGUCCCAGCACCAUGCCAGUAUGCACACAAGCUGACCUGUCUGGUGGCACAAAGCAUUCAUAAGGAGCCAAGCCUGGAAUUAGCUGAUCGUCUCUUCUAUCUCUGAUGACAUUGCCAUUAGCAUCACUUCAUGAAAAU